UGUUUUGUUCAUUCGAAUUCCUUCAGCGUAAGCAUAACAAAAAAUAUUGUAAGUUGUUUUGCAAGUUUGUGUGCUGAAUUUUGUGUAUUCUCUAAAGCAGCCUGUGCUUAGUAAUAUAUUUGAGUACUUCGGUACUAUAAUGGGAGAUUCCGAACGGAAAAGACAUGGUGAGGAAGAAUCGGAUGAGGAGUGGAUAGGUCCUCUACCAUCCGCGGCGGCUCCACCGAAAAAGCGGAAAGUCCUAGAGUAUGAAAAAUUGUAUUUAAGCAAUCUACCGUCGACGGAAUGUUACGAGAAAUCAUUCAUGCACCGCGAUACCAUCACACAUCUAGUAGUGACGAAAACGGAUUUCCUCGUGACUGUCAGUGUAGACGGUCAUGUAAAGUUCUGGAAAAAGAUGGAACAGGGCAUCGAAUUUGUCAAGCAUUUUCGAAGCCAUCUGGCCCCAAUUAAUGCACUGGCGGUCAACUCUACUGGUUCGUAUCUAUGCACUGCUUCCGUUGAUAAAAACGUAAAAGUAUUCGACGUGAUCAAUUUCGACAUGAUCAAUAUGUUAAAACUGGAUUAUGUACCGUAUAGAGCCGAAUGGAUUCAUAAUACCGGCGAUGCUAUUGCCUAUCUGGCAGUGGCUGAUCAGGAUUCCAAUCUAAUCUACGUAUACGAUGGAAAAGGCACCAACACGCCACUACAUGUUUUGGAAAAAUUGCACAGCAAACCAGUUGUUCUAAUGAAGUAUAAUCCCGCCUACGAGCUAACUAUCUCCAUAGAUAGAGCUGGUAUCUUAGAAUACUGGUUUGGAGCACGAAAUGAUUUCAAAUUUCCUUCAAAGCUCGUAAUGUUUGAGUCCAAACUGGAUACAGGUUUGUACGAGUUUGCGAAAAACAAGACGAUCGUGACUUCGCUGGUUUUUUCGCAGGACGGAAAAAAGUUUGCAACUAUUUCGACAGAUCGAAAAGUGCGAGUCUUUGGUUUCUUGACGGGAAAACUGCUUCGAGUGUACGAUGAGAGUCUGGCACGGUACAGCGAAAGCCAACAACUUUCACAAGCGCUUUCCAACAUGGAAUUUGGCCGAAGGAUGGCGAGCGAACGAGAUCUGGAAAAAUCGGAUUCAUUUAAUCUGAUCAAUAUUGCUUUCGACUACAGCGGACAUUUUAUUAUGUACCCAACAAUGCUCGGUAUCAAGCUAGUCAAUAUUGAGACAAACAAAUGUGUAAAAAUUAUUGGAAAAAAUGAUAAUUUGAGACCGCUGCAUUUGGCCUUAUUUCAGGGUCGUGUUAAAAAUUCCAAGGCAGCCAUAACGCUAGAGCAAGAAGCAUCAGAUAAUCCUGCUUUACAGGCAGUGGUAAAUGAUCCUACUCUCUUCUGUACGGCAUACAAAAAACAACGUUUCUACCUAUACAGCCGUAGAUUGCCAUCCGAUCUGCAAGAUGCCGACCGUGAUGUGUUCAACGAAAAGCCUUCAAAGGAAGAUAUCAUCUCUGUCACUGAAGGACAAGGACCUCAAAAGAUCUAUGACCACGCUGUCAUACACACGACGAUGGGCGAUAUCCACAUGCGACUCUUCGGCAAGGAGUGUCCGAAAACAGUGGAGAAUUUUUGUGUGCAUAGUAAGAACGGUUACUACAACGGGCAUAUUUUUCAUCGUGUCAUCAAGGGUUUCAUGAUUCAGACAGGAGAUCCAACCGGCACUGGGACGGGUGGGCAGUCGAUCUGGGGUGGUGAGUUUAAGGACGAAUUUUGUUCUACCUUGAAACACGACCGACCGUACACAAUGAGUAUGGCUAAUGCAGGACCGAAUACCAACGGAAGUCAGUUCUUUAUAACGGUUCUGCCAACGCCCUGGUUGGAUAAUAAGCACACAGUGUUCGGUCGCGUGCAUAAAGGAAUGGAGGUGGUGCAAAAUAUUUGUAAUAGCAAAACGAAUCCUAAGACCGACAAACCGUAUGAUGAAAUCCGGAUAAUUUCCAUUAAUCUUACAUAAACAGAAAAUUGUGCAAAAUAGAUUUUAUCUAAACAAUCAAUUAAGUAUAACAAUAAAUUGCUACACAUGACUGUA